GUUUGCCAGGUUAUGGGCCCAAUCGAGCCUAGUCCGCGGCGUUAAUUUCUUUUGGUAGCUAGGCUGUCAAGGUUUUCUGGACUAACCAAGUUUGAAUGGAGGAACUGGUUGAAGAAUUUCCACAGCUUAAGCCUUUGCAGAGUCAACAACCACCAUUCAUUCCCCCGGCCAUCCACUUCAAGCCCCCAGCUCUCUCCAGUACUCAACCUCAGUGUCAGGAGGUGAAACUGGUUGAAGAACUCCAGAAGCUUAAUCCCUUGGUG